AUGUCGUCAAAUGUAGGGUUAAAUACCCCUCGUGGCUCCGGAACAUCGGGCUAUGUCCAAAAGAACGCAGCAAAUCUCCGCCCCCGCGACAACAACGCGCCGUACCCAAAAGAUGGCUUCGACGCGAUCCGCCAUCGCCAGCGCCAGCCUGACCAGGAGAUCCUCGAACACGAUCGCAAACGCGARGUCGAAGUGAAGGUAUUCGAGCUACGUGAUAAGCUGGAAGAUGAAGGUGUGGACGAAGAUGAGAUCGACGAUCAAUGCGAUGCGCUACGGAAAAAGCUCCUGUCAGAAAAGAGUACCAGUGGGCCAAAUGCGAAGGGAUUGAAGAGUCAUCAGGUGCACGAGCUAGCUAGAGCAAAGAUUGAUGAGAGCGAGAAGCUGCGCAAAGCGCUUGGGAUCAGUAAAGACUAUGAGGAGGGUAGCCAUUGGCGGAGACAAGAAGAGAGGAAGCUGGAUCAGGAGCGAGAGCGCGGCGAUCCCAAGGGCCAGAUUGGAUAUGAUCGGGAUUGA